AUAGAGAGAGAUGCGACAUCUUCAUGUACAACUUGGGAUCAGUUAACGCCUGCGUCUUGAACAUCGGUAUCGUCAUCUUCAGCUCCUGACUGUUAUGGCCGCGGUCCGGAAGCUGGUUGUGGAGGUGGCCGAGGCCACCAACCUCUCCCCCAAGGACGGCCAGGGCGCCUCCAGUCCUUACGUUGUUGCCCACUUCCACGGCCAGCGCAAGCGCACCCGCACCGCCGUCAAGGACCUCUCCCCCCGGUGGGGCGAGGUCCUCGAGUUUGCCAUCAAGUCCUCCGACAUCUUCGGCAACGCGCUCGAGAUCGACGUCCUCCAUGACAAGGCCUACGGCCCCACCACCCGCAACAACUUCCUCGGCCGCGUCCGCCUCAGCUCCUCCCAGUUCGUCUGGAAGGGCGAGGAGGCCCUCAUCUAUUACCCUCUCCGAGGCAAGAGCUGGCUCAGCUGGGUCCAGGGCGAUAUCGGCUUGAAGAUCUAUUACACGGUUGAGGUCCCGCCGCCGCCUCCGCCGCCGCCUCAGCCCGCCGCGGAGGAAGCGAAGCUGCUGGAAGCCGACGCGGCACUGCCAUCGCCAGUGCAGGAGGCUGAACCCAAGCCGCCCGAGUCUGCCGCGCAGUCGCUGGCUCCGCCAGAUGGGGCGGCAGCCGCUGGUUCCACAACUCCAGCCACACCACCGGCUGAUGGCGAAAAGCCUGAUGAAGAGCCACCCAACGAAGAUGCGCCGCCGCCCGCGCCACCAUCGACUGAAAAUGCUCCUCCAGACGUCGAAACUACUGUAGAAGCCGAAUCGCCCGAAACAGCAGAGGCAACUUCAGAGGACUCCCAAGAAGUGCCGCCACCGACGCUGGCACCAUCACGAACUUCCAUGGGGCCCGAAAUGGAUGCAGCCUCUCAUUGGGUGCCUCCACCUCCCGUGCCGCGGGAGGUGAUGGCUGCUUCCGUCUCGGCAUCAGUCCCCGAAGUCAAAUUCGCGGGGCUCAAUGGUCCGCAUCCUCCGAUGCCACCGAUGACCAGGACAUACACAAUGGACUCGCUGGACAGCGUCGUGAUGGAGCGGUCGUCGUUCGAUCUGGUGGAGAAGAUGCACUACCUCUUCGUCAGGGUGGUCAAAGCCCGGCACUUGCCGACCAACGGAAGUCCCGUCGUGAAGAUCGUCGUCUCCGGCACUCACAUCAAGUCUAAGCCCGCGCGCAAGAGCGCAUCCACCGCUUUCUUCGAGUGGGACCAAACGUUCGCUUUCGGCCGCGAUGCGCCGGAGUCCUCCUCCAUCUUGGAAGUCUCCGUGUGGGACCCACCGUCUGCCCACAUGGACAGCCGCUCUUCGUGGGACGUGGCGGGCCACAAGUUCUUCGGUGGCAUCUGCUUCGACGCCUCGGAGAUCCCCGUGCGGGACCCGCCGGACAGCCCGCUAGCCCCGCAGUGGUACCGGCUGGAAGGUGGCGGGGCCCACCAUGGCGACCUGAUGCUCGCCACCUGGAUCGGCACCCAGGCCGACGAGUCCUUCCCCGACGCAUGGAAGACCGAUGCGGCCGGAGACGUGAACGCGCGCGCCAAGGUGUACCAGUCGCCGAAGCUCUGGUACCUGAGGGCCACCGUGCUCGAGGCUCAGGAUGUCUUGCCUUUGACGGCGGCGGCGUUAAGGGAGACCUCGUUUCAGAUCAAAGCGCAGCUCGGAUUUCAAAUGCAGAAGACGAAGGUCUCCAUCACCCGCGACGGCGCCCCAUCCUGGAACGAGGACUUGCUGUUUGUGGUCGCCGAGCCGUUCAGUGACAACCUGAAACUCACCAUAGAGAACCGGUUACCAAGAGGGCCGGUCGUGAUCGGCGAGGCGACUGUCCCCCUCAUGGCCAUCGAGAGGCGCGUGGACGACCGUAAGGUGGCGUCGCGGUGGUUCACGUUCGAGGACUUCAGCCGCGAGAAGACCGUGUACAAGGGCAGGGUCCACCUGAGGCUGUGCUUCGACGGAGGAUAUCACGUGAUGGACGAGGCGGCGCACGUGUGCAGCGACUACCGGCCCACGGCAAGGCAGCUCUGGAAGCCGCCAAUCGGGUCGGUGGAGCUCGGCAUCAUCGGGUGCAAGAGCUUGCUGCCGAUGAAGACCGUGAACGGCAAGGGAUCCACGGACGCGUACUGCGUGGCAAAGUACGGCCCCAAGUGGGUCCGUACGCGUACCGUGCGCGACACGUUGGAUCCCAGGUGGAACGAGCAGUACACGUGGAGGGUCUACGACCCGUGCACGGUCUUAACAAUUGGAGUCUUCGAUAGCUGGGGAUCGUCGGAAUCGGACGGUCCUCAAGAAGCCACGCCUCCUGAUUUUCGUAUCGGCAAAGUACGGAUACGUAUAUCUACGCUCCAGGCUAAUCGAGUGUACCGCAAUUCGUAUCCGCUGCUCCUGCUGGCCAACGCCGGCAUGAAGAAAAUGGGGGAAGUGGAGAUCGCCUUGAGGUUCGGCCGGACGGCUCCGACGCUCGACGUCCUGCAUGCUUACUCCCAGCCUCUACUGCCGUUGAUGCAUCACGUCAAGCCCCUCGGAAUGGUCCAGCAGGAGCUGCUGAGGAGCGCCGCCGUGAAGAUCAUGGCCGCGCAUCUGUCUCGGUCCGAGCCGCCGCUCAAGUGCGAGGUGGUGCUGUACAUGCUCGACGCCGACUCGCACACGUUCAGCAUGCGCAAGGUGCGCGCCAAUUGGUUGAGGAUCAUCAACGUGCUCGCCGGGCUGAUCGACGUGGUCCGUUGGAUCGAGGACACGCGCGGGUGGAAGAACCCGACCGCCACGGCGCUCGUGCACGCGCUGCUGAUCAUGCUGGUCUGGUUCCCCGAACUGAUCGUCCCCACGCUGGCGUUCUACGUGUUCGCGAUUGGGGCGUGGAACUACCGGUUCCGGGCCCGGGGUCCGGCCCUGCACUUCGACCCUAAGAUGUCCCUGGCCGACGCAGCGGACCCGCAGGAGCUCGACGAGGAGUUCGACCAGGUGCCGAGCGCGAGGCCGCCGGAUGUGGUCCGCGUGAGGUACGACAAGCUGCGCGCGAUCGGUGCGCGCGUGCAGACGAUGCUCGGGGACCUUGCCACGCAGGGGGAGCGGGCGCAGGCGCUUGUGACGUGGCGUGACCCGAGGGCCACGGGAGUCUUCAUCAUGCUGUGCUUCGUGGUAGCCGUGAUACUGUACUUGGUGCCGACGAAGAUGGUGGCGAUGGCAUCGGGGUUCUAUUAUUUCCGGCACCCGAUAUUCCGAGACCGGAUGCCAUCGCCGGCUUUGAACUUCUUCCGGAGGUUGCCUUCGCUGUCCGACCGAAUGAUGUGAGAGCACUUCAAAACGGAGCACAGGCUCGGCGAGGCUUUAUUUUCAGUUCAUGCUUUUGCAGAGCACAUCAGAUAAACUAGCCUAUAACACUAGCCUCUCUGUUAUCUUCUAAAUUUUCUUCAGUUCCGUCUCU